CUCCCGACGCGGCUCGACCAUUGGAGGCCGCGGGCCCGCCCCGCAGGCUUGGUGAAGGUGAGAGUCUCCUCCAGCCGGCGCGACUGGACUGGACCCAGCAGCUCGCGGCUCGCGGUGGAAGCUCACGGCCGGCUCUAGCUGUCUCGCAAUGGCAUCUCCGUCAGUGUUUGCCGAGGUUCCUCAGGCCCAGCCGGUCCUCGUCUUCAAGCUCAGUGCCGACUUCCGGGAGGAUCCGGACCCCCGCAAGGUCAACCUGGGAGUGGGAGCUUAUCGCACGGAUGACUCUCAGCCCUGGGUUUUGCCUGUGGUGAGGAAGGUGGAACAGAAAAUUGCUAAGGACAGUAGCCUAAACCACGAGUAUCUGCCGAUCCUGGGCCUACCAGAGUUCCGGACCCAUGCUUCCUGCCUUGCCCUCGGGAAUGACAGCCCAGCAAUCCGGGAGAAGCGGGUAGGAGGUGUGCAGGGUUUGGGGGGAACAGGUGCACUUCGAAUUGGAGCUGAGUUCUUAGCACGAUGGUACAACGGAACAAACAACACGGGCACACCUGUCUACGUAUCCUCACCAACAUGGGAGAAUCAUAAUGCUGUGUUUUCUGCUGCUGGAUUUAAAGACAUUCGGAGCUAUCACUAUUGGGAUGCAGCAAAGAGAGGACUUGACCUCCAGGGUUUCCUGACUGAUUUGGAGAAUGCCCCUGAGUUUUCCAUCUUUGUCCUCCAUGCCUGUGCACACAACCCAACUGGGACCGACCCAACGCCAGAGCAGUGGAAGGAGAUCGCCUCCGUCAUGAAGCGCCGGUUUCUGUUUCCCUUCUUUGACUCAGCCUACCAGGGCUUCGCAUCUGGAGAUCUAGAGAAGGAUGCCUGGGCCAUUCGCUAUUUUGUGUCUCAAGGAUUCGAGCUCUUCUGUGCCCAGUCCUUCUCCAAAAACUUUGGGCUCUACAAUGAGCGUGUGGGGAAUCUGACCGUGGUUGCCAAAGAACCUGAUAGCAUCCUGCGGGUCCUUUCUCAGAUGGAGAAGAUUGUGCGAAUUACUUGGUCCAAUCCCCCUGCGCAGGGAGCACGAAUUGUGGCCACUACCCUCUCUGACCCUGAGCUCUUUAAGGAAUGGACAGGUAACGUGAAGACAAUGGCUGACCGGAUUCUGACCAUGAGAUCUGAACUCAGGGCACGAUUAGAAGCCCUCAAGACCCCUGGAACCUGGAACCACAUCACUGAGCAAAUUGGAAUGUUCAGCUUCACAGGGUUGAACCCCAAGCAGGUUGAAUAUCUGAUCAGUGAAAAGCACAUCUAUCUGCUGCCAAGUGGUCGGAUCAACAUGUGUGGCUUAACCACCAAAAACUUAGAUUAUGUGGCCACCGCCAUCCAUGAAGCAGUCACCAAAGUCCAGUGAAGAAGCAGCACCAAAACAAGCACCACAAAAGCGGUCCUUUGUUGUGUCUGUUCCCUGCUUGCACAAACCUAGCUGUAUACAUCAUGGAUUAGACUAUUGUAAGACUGAAAGGCUGCUCUGGUAAGGUGGCCUCUACUUAAAUUGGCCCCAUGUGAAGAGGACAUCUCUUGAAAAGAAAUCCGGGCCUGGGAUUAGAGCCCUUUUGGAGACCAGAGCAAAUUAAGCUUUCUAUUUAAGAAGAAUAAAACGGUACUUUGAUCAUGAGA